AUGCCAUCUCUAAAGCCGUUUACAAAGGCAAUCAUAGAUCCGAUCUUCCUGUCCAAAAGUAUUCCCAAGGCGGCGGUGGCGGCGAGGGCUUCCUCGAUUCAAUCUGCGGACAUCUCUACACGCUGGCGGACGCGCAGGCCACCAGAGUGGUUGAUCACCUACUCGGAAAAAGGAACCGAUCCUUGCCUGUACACCGUCACGCUGUGGCUGGCCCUCGCCUCCGAACCGUCCUCAGUGGACUUUGGGCGCCCAGCAGGGGCCGCCGCAGCUGGGAUGGAGAAGAACCCCAAGGCGUGUGAGCCGUGCCGCCGGAGGAAGGUCAGGUGCAACGGCCAGACCCCCUGCAACAGGUGCGACAGGAAGCCAGGGGAUUGUGUGUACCGCCUGCGGACGCGCAUAAGGAAGAGCGGCGCGCAGAGGGCGGCUGCUGCUGCUGCUGCCGCUGCCGCCGCCGCCACAAACGGGCCCAAGGCUCCUCCUCCCCCUUCGCCGGCCGGUGAUGUGCGUGCUGUUGCUGCUGGCAGCGAACAACCGACCCCCCAUCCAGCAUCUGCCGGCCAUGAUUCGCCGUCUGGAUUCCGGAGGGAUGUGCCCGAGGUUGGUGACGGUCCAAAGUCCGACUCAGCCAUCUAUCAGAGCAUAGCUGCUGUCCCUCAAAGGAGUGAUGUCGAGCCUGUCCAGGGGGGCACUGCUCGAUUGUUCUACGGACCAGCCUCACAAUUUGCUUUUCUGCAGCAAGUGCAUCGGGGCGUCUUGUCAUCUACCGGGCCCCAUGGCCAACAGGACCGUGAGGUCCAGGAGGGCGGCCCCGGCCUGGACCUCUUUCUUCAGCGUAGUUUCUUCUUUGGCACGGCACCAAGAUUCGAUGCCACCGGAUUCCAUCGACCAGCGAGUACUUUGUUUCGCGAACUCCCUCUAGCUCAGGCGAAAAUAUUUCUGGAGAAAUAUAAAACAUGGUCUGCGCACAUCCUUCCAUUCUUCACGCAUGAGGAACUGGAUAAGAUGCUCCAUCACCUCUACAACAGUGACGAGACGAAGGCCUCUCAGACCAAAGCCCUCAUUCUUGCAGUGCUGGCUCUCGGAGCCCUUGCCACGCCUCAUACCAACGUCGCAGAAGAGGUCAUGGCCAGGGCCAAGUACGAAGCCGUCCUCUUCGAUGAUACCGUCAGCCUGCCGAUGAUACAGUACUCGCUGCUGUUAGCAGAAUAUCAGACCAGCAUGGGCAGGCCAAACCUGACAUACCUCAUGCUUGGCACAGCGUGCCGCAAGGCCUUUGCGCUUGGUCUUCACCGCGAGGCUGCUAACUCGUUAACGCGAUCCGAAGACGCUGAGAAGUGCCGGACCACAUUGUGGUGCCUCUACUUUCUGGAGAGCUGGUACACCAUGAUGGUCGGGCGAGAAAGCUCGUUGAAGAUGUCCGAUAUCUCGUCGCCGUUCCCCGAAAACCAGCCCUUUAUCGUCACCCUGAGCCGUCUUGCGUACAUCGGCGAGCAGUGUUCAAAGACCAUCUACAACACACAUCGAUACGACUCCUUGCGCAAGUUGUUCGUGGCCGCGGAGGAUAUCCACGCUCAGCUGCGGGAUUUUGCGAACAAGAAUGGCAUAGGGUCCGCCGCCCUGGACAGCAACGGAGUCCUCUCGGGCGGUGAACAUCCGCUCAGGCUGCUGCUGCAUAACCUCUACUACCAUACCAUCCUGCUGACCUUCCGGCCGUUCCUGGUGGCCGACUACGCGCUAGCAUCGAGCCCAUCCCAGGACUCGGCGAGCGCGAUGUGGCUGCGGCAGGCGUGCCGGCAGGCGACCAACACGGCGCAGGACUGCAUCAUGUACUGCUACUCGCAGCUGCAGAAGGACGAGGUGUGCCGGACGUCGCGGUACCACGGCUUCUUCCUCGAGUCGAGCUGCGCGGUGCUCUUCUUCGACAUCCUGCGGCACCCGAGCAAGUACGCGUACAACAUCGAGUUCAUCCAGAUGGCCAUCGCGAGCGUCAACCUGAUGAUCGACGACGAGCCGGUCACCAACGCGCGCAACUCGCUCAAGAAGAUCCUGCGCGUCGUCGAGGAGACCAUCUCCAAGCAGAAGAUCGCCGGCACGACGACGGCCACCACGAGCGGCCUGCCGGCCUUCACCGACCCGCUGCUGCAGACGGCCCCUAACCCAUCCAUCCCAUCCCCAAUGUCGUCCUACAUGAGUGGCCAGGACCACCAGCAGCAGCAGCACCAGCAACAACAACAGCAGCAGCAGCAGCAGCAGCAGCAACAGUAUCAGCAGCAGGUCUCGCACGGCACAAUUCAGUUCCCCUCGCUGCACGCGCCACCCUCGUCGGCGAACCAGCUCAUCUACUUCAGCGACCUGCCGGGCUCGCUGGGCAGUGCUGACAGCUCGAUGGGGGCAGGCACGCCGCUGGCGAUGGCGGGCCUGGGUGGCGACGCGGACGCGUUCGGGGGCGAAGGGCUGGACCCGCUGACGCACUUCCACUACGACGUGCUGACGACGGACCUGUUCAACUUCUUCCCGUUGAACAUGACGCCGCCGUCGGCCACGGGCAGCGCUGACGCUGCGGCGAGUAUGGAGUGUCCUCUUGAGAAUGGGGGGCCUGGCACGUGA